AUGAGUCGUCAGUUUCUUGGAAUUCAGAUCGAUGCCGUAUACCACACGUCCAUCGUCCUCGACAAUAUAGAAUACUACUUCGGUCAGGGUGUUCAAACAUGUCGCGCCGGCGCAACACAUCAUGGCCAGCCAAUGGAGAAGAUCAAGCUUGGGAGAACAGACCUGCCCAUCGAGAUUAUAUUGGAGUACCUGGAGUCGCUGAAGGAAGUCUAUACCCCCGAGUCUUACGACCUGUUUGCGCACAACUGCAACAACUUCUCAAAUGACUUCGCCAUGUUCUUGGUGGGCAAAGGUAUACCGGAACACAUCACCUCGCUCCCUGAGACAGUCCUGAACACGCCAUUUGGUCAGAUGCUUCGACCUCAAAUCGAUGCUGCAAUGCGACCCAUCACUCAAGCGCCCACGCCACAGCCUGCAGCACCGAGCCGACCGCAGACAACGAAUGGAAACACAUCGAACGGUAUGGCGCAGGCCAAUGCGCAACGUGCUAUCAAUGGUCCGCUGGCUGCAGCGACAGGAAGAGUGAACAAUGUGACUGGAAUAAGAGAUGUAGAUCGCCUUCUCGAGCUGGCCAAGGAUCGAUGCGCCAUCAUCUUCUUCACGAGCUCUACCUGCGCCCCUUGCAAGUUGGUAUAUCAGCCGUUUGAUGACCUCGCCGCGGAAGCUGGCCCUAAGUGCGUGUUCAUCAAGAUCGACUUCAGCCAUGCGGAUAAUACUAUCAACAAUCGCUAUCCAAACGUUCGCGCAACUCCCACAUUCAUCACGUAUGUGCGCGGCGAGAAGAGAGACGAGUGGAGCGGAGCUGAUCCACGACAAUUGCGAAGCAAUGUCGAUAUGUUGUUGAACGCUGCAUUUCCGCCCCAUCCUCAUCUUGCUUCAAGCACACCAUUACUGUUGAGGCAGAGCCAACGCCCUAUUGCCUUCACCAAAGUACCAGCUCUGGAAAAGAUUGUCGCGAAAAUGGGGGAUGCUGGCAAGCAUCCAGCUGUGUCAUCAAUAGUGUCCUACAUUGAUGCUCGUGAGCGGUCAGGAGCAAUAGAGGCUCCCUUGACGAAACUUCCGCAAUUCGCCGAAUUCCUGAGGAACCAGUACUUCCCAACCUUUCCUCCUGAGAUUCUCUUCACUGCGUACGACCUUUUGCGCAUCAGUCUUACAGAUGCACGUGUGGCAGGUUUCUUCGCUGAAGAGCACAAGGGCGCAACCGGCACACCAGCUACUAUUCACCACUUGCUCACUCAUGUUGACAGUCUUGGAGCUUCAGCGCCAUAUCCAUUACGACUCACAACAUUGCACGUGGCGUGCAAUCUCUUCAGUUCGUCGCUCUUCAUACCGCAUGUACUCUCUACCCCGCUUUCCUCUUCACUCGUGUCCAUCUUGACAACGGCCCUGCUCGACGAAAAGUACCCAGCGCUCAAAGUCUCGGCACUCAGCCUUGCUAUGAACAUUGCCUCGUCAAAUCACAAGAUCCGGAUGAAGAAGCAUACUGCGAACGCCACGCCUGUUUUACCUAGCGAGUCUGAACUGCCCGAGUCUGAGCAAGUCGAACUUCUCGCGUCACUGCUGGAGACGUUGGGUACUGAGGAGAAAUGGAGCGACAACAAGAAGAUGGCGCUGAUUUGCACGGGUUGGCUUGUAUACGGAGCAGAUAUGGAUGGUGAACUGAAGGACUUAUGGAAGGUCAUGGAUGCUGCGGGUACAGUGGGAAGUAUACAGCCCACAACGGCGGAGGAUAGACUGCUCGUGAAAGAGGUCAAGGGGCUGUUGGAGGCAUGA